CUCGGGCUAGAAUGGACUUGAACUGUUGCCAUGGCAACGUUGUGUGUGUGUGGAGCCUCAUGUCAAAUUUGCGCCAAGGAUACUUGGGCUGUUUACGAGUAACAGAGUUUUGUAAAACUUAGUUCGCUGUUGUAGGCCAACAAUCUAGGUUUAAAAGUCCAAAAUGGAAUAUGAGAAGGAGAAAAGACUGUUAGCUAAUGGUGCUAGUAUGUUCUCUUGGUACUAACGGAACAUUUCGAGCGGAAACAGGUCGUCGCAGCCUCGCUAGCAAAAACAGGCUACAAUGGUUCGUUAGCCAUGUCAAGUCAUAACCUUCCGCCGGUGCGGCAUUUGCCACAAUGGACCCGGGUCGGGCGCCUCGGGAAGCCUUGCUCGCCUCGGCGUUUACCUGCAAACAAACUGCAGCCACUGCCUGUCGCCCCGCCAGCCGACCAAAGAGUGUGGAGGGCGGCAGAGGUGUCCUUUCACAGCGACACGGACCCCCACGUCGCGUCCAUGCGGAGGAAUAUCCAGUUCCUUCAGCAGCAACACAAGGACACUCUCGAGAAGCUCCAUGCAGAGAUAGAGUAUCUCAGACGGGAGAAUAAAGAGUUGCAGUAUAAGAUGAUAAUGGAACCUCCCAAGUCAUGUAGAAAAGGAGUGACACACAGUCGACGAGGCAUCAGACCACCCACUCAGGGAAGUGAAGCACGUACGGGACUCUACCUGGAGCAGACACUGCAGGACACUCGACCCUCACAGGACCAAGCACUAGGCCUUGGAGAUGGCAACGACAUUCUUGGAUGUGCCAGGCAGGACCCCAGCCUAGAGGUGAAGGGGGGUCUCAUCACCUCAUUACAACCUCUACGAAUCCACAGCAACCCCUCCCAUCCGCCGCGAGCCCCCACCCUGCAGGAAUGUGAGGUCAUCAUUCGGCAGCUCUACAACGCUAACAGCUUACAGUCUCAGGAAAUCAUACGCGUGAAGGCGUUGCUGAGAGAUAUUGUUUUGAGCAAAAAAAUCACCCCAGAAAACUACAUUCUGACCAAGGCCUUCCUUGUUGACGGAACCCGCAAAUCCACAGAAGAAAAGAAAUUCCCCAAACUUGGUCUUCAAACAUUUCCUGAAAAGCCGUCUGGACCUUCUCAGUCCGGGGUGGUCCUCCCUGCCCUGAAACAGAGCCUCAGCACCACCAUGGCAGAGAGACAGAGGAGGACCCGGGCUGUGCAGAGGGACCGCUUCAAAAGGACGGUGCAUUGACAGGAUCACCAGUACACAACAUCAAACACCAUAUGAAGUAUUUCUUUCCUAUGAUAUUUUUUAUGAUUUUACUCAUGAAGGACCGCUUAAAUAAACAGAUUUAAAAUAUGGCUUAUAGCUUUUCAUCCUGCACUCAAACAGAAAAUGAAAUAAAGUCACAAAUGCAGUUUUGUCCUGGGAAUGGUAUAUGUAUGUAUUUAUUGUUAACCAAACAUUUUAGGACAUUUGAACUAUAAGGUGAGGCAUCUCUAACCGAACAUGGCUGCCUAUUUUGAUCAAACGGAUUUCAGUGCGUUUAGCUUUGAGAGCACAUUUGUUGUAAUUCUGCCACAAUGAUGGUGGAAUUGUACAGAACUAUAUAGAAACAAUAACCUGUUUUUUUCUCCAAAUAAUUCAUACUUUUGUCACUGCAAACAACCAAAGUUAGCUCUCUCAAAACAAGUUAAUAAGAAAGAAUAAAACCAACUUUUUUCCCUCAAAACUAGAUUAAAGUAUCUUUAAAGAAAAGAGCACUGUGGCUCCAACUGUGUUUUUUUACAGAAUAUUUUUGGCAAUUGUAUGAACAUUUAUAAGUGACAAGAUUCACAGCUGUGAAAAGGCAAAAAUGUAAAAGAGCCUGGUUUCAUUUCACAACGUAAAUCCAAACCUAGCUAGUUGUGCAACCGCGUUGGGCAGGUUAAGAACUGCACGCAGCCAGGUGGGGCAGACAAUUCCCGGAAUGAAUCCGGCUGAGCCCACUCCACCUCUCAAACCUUUGCUGAUU